GCUAUACGCAUGCGCGUUCAAACAUCAACAAAGUCACAUUUUGCCAGUUGACGUGGCUGGAACAAAUAUUGAAAAGAAUCUGGUUGUGUUAGUGAGGCGCCAUGUCUGACACGGAUGAUGAGGCAGCAUUCGCUAGUGCUGAUGAAGGGGAUCAGGCUGAGAAGGGGGGUAAAGCAGAGACGAAGGGUGGCGAUGCCGCAGCAGCUUCUGUCCCUCCAGAACCACCAAAGAAAGAUUCCACGAGGAAUCAAAAGAAAAAGGGAAAAAAGGGUGGAAAGAAAAAUGCCAACAAUGACUCCCAAAAGGAUCCUGGAAGACAAGAGUCAGGCUCAAAGAAAUCCUCUAAUGUGAAGGCUGAGCAGAAGAGUGAUAAAGCACAGACUGGUAUUACAGGAACCGAGAAGAGUGAUAAAGCACAAACUGGUAAAACAGGAACCGAGAAAAGUGGUAAAGCACAAACUGGUAAAACAGGAACCGAGAAGAGUGAUAAAGCACAAACUGGUAAAACAGGCACUGAGAACAGUGGUAAACCACAAACUGGUAAUACAGACACUGAGAACAGUAGUAAGGCUCAGUCUGGGAAAACGGAAACAGGAAAAGAGAAAUCAAAUGUUGAAGAACUGGAGCGUGUGAAACCUGAAACAAAGGAUCUUGAAUCUAAGUCCAGUGGAGGUGAUAACGGAGAUGGAAGGGGAAGUUCAAACCCAGCUGCAGCUGAAGGGGAGACAACUGUUGCUAAAUCUGUCGAGGAGUCUGUUCCUCAGGAAGGCAGGACUAGCGGUACACCUGAGAAAACACCUGCCCCACCACCUCAGGUCGCAUCCCCUAACCCUCAGAGCAUCCCCCGUGCUCAGGCAAAUGCAGGGAAUAAAGAGGACGUAGCCGAGGUGCAAGAAGAGAAGCAGGAGUCUGGAAGCUGGGGCUGGGGAGGUUGGGGAUCAUCAUUGCUGACAGCAGCAUCAUCAUCAGUGUCCACCUUCACAAGUCAAGUUGGUGAAGGCUUCCACACCAUCGUGGAGUCUGUGGAGUCUUCUCUGGGUGCACCACCACCAGAGGAGAUCGCCAGGCUUGAGGAAGAGGGGAAGUCACAGGCCAGAGAAGAAGAUGGAGAUGCAGAUGAGAAGGGGGCCAAGCAAUCUGGUGAUGGUGAAGUCCAGUCAUCGGGAGGCAGUGGCAGUAGUCCACCAGCUGUUGUUACUGAGCCCAAACCAAUGGUGAAUGAUGGAGAACAACCAGCAAGGGUGGACAGCGGUCAGCCUGAGGAGGAGGAGGAGAAAGGGGGUGGAGGGGGAUGGUUCUCCAGUUUUGGAGUUGCAAGCCUCACCAGCAAGAUUCAAAACACAGGCAAGUCUCUGGUGUCAGGCUCCCUAGAUGCAGUGGAGGCUCUUGCUACUGGUGGCAUUGACGUCUUGGAGAAUAUUGGCAAGAAGACCAUCAAUGUGUUGUCAGACCAUGACCCUGGUUUCAAGAAGACAAAGCAGGUGAUGUUUGAUGGCAGCAAGAAGCAGAAUCUGUCGUCGAUGUUGCGAGAAGCAAAGGAGCGGGCAGAGCAGCAGGCGAUACAUGAGGAGGAACAGGAAGAAGCUCGGAAGCACAACUACGGAGCACUGUUUGAGGACUUCCAGGGCAUGGCCCACCUGGAGGCGGAGAUCCUGUCCAACCAGAGCGAGAAGAAGGUGCAGGCCCUCCUGUCAUCUCUGCCAGACGACACCAUCCGGCAGCUGAAACCACAGCUCAUUGACAUCAAGAACAUCUUCGAGCUGGAUGACACUGACUACGAGGAACGUCAGGAACAUGAGUUCUUCAAGCUGAUCACCGACCACCUGUCUGAACUACACCUGGGCACAACACCAGAUAAACUCAAUAAGGUCCAGGAGAAAAUCCGAAAGUGGAUCAUCGACUUUUACGCUGAUCCCCCAGAAGGAGAAGAGAAGAAGAUAACAGAACCAAAAGAGAUAUUCCACACUGCUAUAGAGGCUCUGGCAGAGCUGACAGCCAAGUCUGUUGAGCAGUUCCACAAGGCUGGGGAGCUGAUUCUGCUGCAACAAGACACCGACACUCCCUACCAGAACCGCUCCAAGAGUCUUGCCAGUUUGACCCAGGUUCUUUGCACAGAAAUCUCAAUUCUCUCCACCAAGUUUACUCAGUGUCUACACAAAGUCAGUGAGGAUCUGGAAGACGCUACUGUUGUGACACCCCUCGUCACCAACGUGUAUCUGGAGGCCUCCAACUCGUCCACGUACAUACAAGAUGGCUUCCAGCUUCUUCUGCCCGUCCUCCAGCAAGCUGCUAUACAGAACUCGCCUGUUGUCAAGUCCUGAUGUGCCGGAACCUGUCUGGCUGUACAUAUGUCCAUAGUAGUGCUUUAAUGUCAUUGUGAUACAUGGCUGUACAGUGUACAUAAGGAUGUCAUGUCUUCAUGGAGCUGGCAGUACAAACCCAAUACCUGUUGUACAGGAUCAGUACAUUCUGUAACAUAUUGUCACUAUUUAUGACUGCAACACAACAUUGAGUGUGUUGAAUCAGGUGAACAGAAUUCUGAGAUGUUAAAUUAACUGAACCUGAUUCCUGCACAAUGUUUAGUAAUAAUGAUAAUAAUAAUAAUAAGUCAUAAGGCCACUUGUAAACUGAUGUAACUAUACACCUUGUGAACAUGGUCUUAGCACAUAAAAACACACUUUCAAUGAAUGUCAACAUUGCCGAAAUAUAUGCAUCUAUAGUUGGGAUUAAAGGUUGUUAACAGGGGAUUAAAAGUGUUGAAUGUAGGGGCACAUUUGGAAGGAGAGUGUUUCAUAACCGACAGUACAAUGAUCUGACACCAACAGUCUUUAACUUGUAGGGAGGUACUGUAAGAAAGAACUUGUCAACUGAAGGAAGACUCCUUGAAGGUUAAUGCACACUAGUGAGGGUUUUAAGAUACAUUAAAAUUGAUGGAGACGAUUUUGGAUAUAUGUAUACAUGAAAUAUUGUAUAGAAAUUCAUGACUAUGGGAUUGGUUGAUUUUAGUAGGACAAAGUUGGUUUACAAAUGCAAUUAUGGUGUUGAUCAUGAUGAAUGAUAUUGUUUUAUUAUUUUUGGUUUCAUUUGUGUUAAACUAUUCAUUAUCAUCCAAAUAGAUUUACAUAUUAAUAUAGAUAUUUUCUGUAUUCCUGUUUGUUAUUAGUAGGGGGUGUUAUAAAGUUGCAUUAGCAACGCUUUUACACAGUACUCGAAAAUACAUCAAGAUAAUUUCAGGAUUUUGAAGAAAUAUACAUGUCAUUCUGCCUAUUGUCAUGAUGAAAGGAUUGUUAUAAAGUAGGUAGGGAAUGAUAUUUGCCAUACAGAGUUUGUAGCAAUGUGUGGAGAAAUACUUAUUUCUCAUGAAAUAGAUGAUUUUGUAUGAAGUAUUUCUAAAUGACAGUUUAAAAUUAAAUUAUAACUGGUUUGUCCAUCUUAGGGUCAUGCAUCACAUCACAGAGGGUUCAUGGUGUUAAACCUUUAAGGUGUUAUGGGAUUUCAUGAAGGUUUUAUGUUCCUGCAACCUGUAUUGUGUUCACUGUUUAAUCAGGAUAAUUACCAAUUCACAUUUCAGUCUUCAAAGGCCUUGGUAUAUUUCUUUCUAAGGCUCUUGAUUAAAAAUUGCUUGAUGUAAACAUUGUUAAAUUCAAAGCUAGAUUGGACUUUAAUAUUCAUCAGUUAUUGGUUUUCACUUAACACAAAGUGACGUCCAAAGUUAAUGUAUAUCUGUAUAAAUACAUUCAUU